ACGCGACCCAUUGUCGAGCUCUUCCUCUCCUGCCCCUCGGAACCGCCCGCCGCCACCUCCAACCUUCUGCUUAUUUUUCGGGCCGGCACGUUCGACGCGACCACCUGCCACCGACGCCGCCGUCGCCGCCGUGCUACUGCAGUCGGUUCAAUCGUCCGCUGUGUGGCGCUCGCACGGCACAUCAUACGUUUGCACGGUGUGCGUGUGCGUUGUACCGCUGUUCCGACUGCAGACCGUUUUCCCGUCGCACGUCCAGCAGCACUGUAAUUCGCCUACCGGCCCCAGAUAGCCAGACCGCGGCGCGAUGAAACGCAAGGAUGACGGUGCCGAUCUGGACCAUCACUUGAACAUGAUGCUGGAGGCCAUCGAGCGCUUGGAACGGAACAGGUGGCCCGCGAGCUCGGGCGGCCGGCGGUGGCGGGCCGACGCCAGGCCCAAACUGAUGCCCAUGCAGGCCGAACUUCGUACGCUGCAGCUGUGGCGGUCCGUCAUGGCCGAGUGUCUGGCCACGUUCUUGUACGUGGCCGUCGUCUGCGGCGCGGCCACGUCCGACGCCUCACCCGUCCUCGGCACGGCCGCAGCCUCUGGCUUCACCAUGCUCGCCCUGACGCUAUGCUUACAAAACGUAUCAGGAGGACUUAUAAAUCCUGCAUUAACUACAGCCAUGCUGAUCACCAGAAGAAUAAGCCCAAUAAGAGCUGUAAUGUUCAUAGCAGCACAAUGUGGUGGAGCUGUAGGAGGCGCUGCGAUAAUCUAUAGUGUUUCUGUUCGCAACGACUUCACCAGCCUGUACGAUCUACCCAACAGCAGCACGACCGCGUGGCAACGUUUCAGUCUGGGGCUGUUGCUUAUGUUCUUCAUCGUGUUCACGUAUUACGUGACCAACAACACGUUUCAUAAAUGGACCGGAACUUCAGCUACAGCAAUAGGAGCGGUGUACUUCGCAUGCGGCUUAGUAGCGGUAAGAAAAACCCCGAUGAUCAAUUAUCAAUACCCUACGAGUAACUUUUUGCAGAUGCCUUUUAUAAAUCCAGCUUGCGCGUUUGGACCAGCACUAGUAAUCAACCAUUGGGGCAAUCAUUGGGUUUAUUGGUUUGGACCUGGAGUGGGAGGAAUUAUUGCUGCCAUAGUGUAUGAUUUAAUAUUUAAUCCUCAAAAACGAAAAGCAACAAUAGAUGACUUGCAUGACGAUGAGAAUAUGUGCCAGAUACAAGUACCGCAUAAAAUCAUUCGACGGUCUCUUACUCCGCCAACAUUAUCAGCUGAUUUAGAUCUACCAGAACCUUUGUAUGAAGGGAGUAGAUCAUUAUUUACUCGUUCACCAGUUUUGACCAGAGCAAAUUUAAGUCGCUCUCAGUCUUUGUACCAUUCUAAAUCUACUCAUAACUUACCACCUCGUGAUUAUUUACCGAGGCCAGGACCCUUGUUACCAGCACAAUCAUUAUACCCUAUGACAACAGCGACUACUACAACAGUGUGUACUGAUAGAAUAGAUAGACCUGAUAGACAAAACCAACAGAACCAACAAAGGCAAUACGAGCCGACAUAUAGUUCCAGAAAUGCAUCAACAGUUAAUGCAAGUGGCAUUCAUAAUGGAGUAUAUCCAAAAACUAAUAGGUCAGAAGCAUACAGACAACCACCCAAAGAUUCAGCAGAUGAUCUUUAUGGGAUUUAUGGAAAUUCUCAAAAUAAAUCACAGAAUCACCAUGGUAAUCAUGCAAGAAGUGAGUAUGUUUACCGAUGGACUCCUCCAAAUUCAGUUAUGCACGAGUACUCUUAAACUUGUAAUUAUUAUAUUUGUACAGUUUACUUUGUGAAUACAAAUACCUUAUUUGUAAAAUAAUUUUCUGUAAAUACAUUGUAUUUUAUUAUAACAUUAUU